AUGGCGGCUUGGCAGCUACCGGACGACUUCCGGUGUCCGAUUUCUCUGGAGAUAAUGACCGACCCGGUGAUCCUCUCAUCCGGGCACACCUUCGACCGGGCCUCCAUCCAGCGGUGGCUCGACUCCGGCCACCGUACCUGCCCAAUUACCAAACUGCCCCUCCCGAAGCACCCUUCUCUCAUCCCCAACCACGCCCUCCGCAGCCUGAUUUCCAACUUCGCGCUCUCCUCCUUGCCGCCGGCGAAGCCCCACCCGCCGUCCUUCCAGCAGGACCCCCAUGCUCUCGUCUCCACCCUAACCUCCCGGUCCUCCGACAUCGCUUCGAAACUCGACUGUCUCUCCCGCCUCGUCAAGCUCGCGAAGCGCGACCCGGCCUCCCGCCGCCGUCUCUCCGAGUCCGGUACUGUCUCGGUGGUCCUCCGCUGCAUCGACUCCGACGACCCCGUCAUGCAGGAGAAAGCUCUCAGCUUGGUGCUCAACCUCAGCCUCGACGACGACAACAAAGUGGGGCUGGUUGCGGAAGGGGCGAUCGGGAAGAUAGUGGCUGCACUGAGGGGCAAUUUUGCUAGCUGCAGGGCCCUCGCUGCCACUAUCAUCACGAGCCUCGCGGUCGUGGAGGUAAACAAGGCCUUAAUCGGGGAGUACCCUUUUGCAAUUGAGUCGCUGAUUGCCCUCCUGACGGACGGGAACGGCCGGGAGAAGAAGGAGGCCGCGACUGCCCUGUUUGCCAUCUGUUCCUUCUCCGAUAAUAGGAAGCGGGCCGUUGCUAGUGGGGCCGUCCCGAUUCUGCUCAGUAUCGCGGAUUCGGGCCUUGAGAGGGCCGUCGAGGUGUUGGGUUUGCUCGCCAAGUGCAAAGAAGGGAGGGAGGUGAUGGCGAGGUUUAAUGGGACUGUGAGGAUUUUGGUUCGUGUUUUGAGGACUGGGGGAUCGAAGGGCGUGCAAUAUGCUCUCCUGACCCUGUACUCGCUCUGUUGUUACAGCGGGAGAAUGGGUGUCGCAGUUAGGAAGGAAGGAGUUUUGGAGGAUUGUUGGAGGUUGGUCGAGGAUGAGAAUGAGAAGAUCAGGAGGAAUGCUUCAAAUCUGGUUCAGGUCCUUGGAGGGGAUUGCUCGAUGAGGUGAUCGGGCGAUCGGAUCGAUAAAGGAUCGGGCUUUUUUGGGACGAGGAGGUGAGUCGGUGCUUUGUUGUUGUUGAUGUGCUUGUCAUCUUCUUUGUUGGGAUAGAUUCUGUACAAAAGGGAAAAGAUUAGAUUAUGGCAAUGAGGAUAUGUUCUUUGUAUCUUGUACAUUUGAAUAACUUAUGGUGGCCAUGAACUGGUGGCUGAAAGUUCAAAACUUGUAGACAUUUAAUAGGUUAAGGUUCCGGAUCCGGAACUGCUAUAGGAUACUUCCUUUUCCUGAAUAGUCCCUGAUCAGGAAACAGUUAAUUGAACCCCUAAAAGUGGAAGUUGUUGGCGUCUUUUAAUUUGAUUGAAUUGAUUCGCAGAACCAAACAACGGUAUAAUAGAGUUAAAUAGUCCUGAUUAAAUUCAUAUUCGGGAUUUCAAAGGACAUGCCUUCAUGUGAGCCUCUGUUUUCAUUAUUUCAACUAAUGUGCUUCACCUGACCCUGACCUGUAGUAUAUGUCUUAUCCCCGGGUACAUAUACCCAUGUAUUUAUUAUUACUGGUUGAAGGUGAUCAUACUUAUACUUUGUUCUUGCUGAGAGCUUGCAUGUGAUCAGAGUCUUGCCUAUCCUGUGAAUGACAGUUGUGGUCGGGCUGAUACGGUGUCCUGUUGUUUUGUUCUUUGUCUAUUUGUUCCCUUUUCAUCCCCUGUUUUAUGGGUUAAUAUAGAUGUAGUCCGUUGGUGUCAUCAUAUUCAACUUUUUGUAAUUGAAGUUGUCGACAAUAUUACAGUUAUAUGAUAUCCUCUCUGUGUA